AUGACCCAAAGUCAAAAUCCCAAAGCAUUGGGCAAGCCAAAAGGGCUUUUACAAUGGCUGUCAUCCUCUGUUCAUACUGUUUUAGCUCCAUCCGCACUGCGCGGCGAGAUGCCCAGAUACAGGGCCCCAGUUCUCAUCAGCGAGCUGCGCCAUCUGAAAGGAAAGACGAGUCCUGGGUUCAACAAGCACUUGAAGAGAGUCGAGCGCAGAACGAUGGGAAGGGACGACCUUGACGUGCAGUCUAUGUUGUAA